AGGAAAAGGAGGGGUGAGCAGCACGCCGGUAGUAGGACGGACGGUAAAGCAUGGAGUCAGUGCGCGCAUUUCUGAGCUGCCAGAGGCGAGCGCGCAUCCGACACGAGACUUCACUAGUGAUUCAAUGAUGCGUCGCGCUCCGUAGACGCAUCGAGUGCGCGGAAUCUCCCUUAAAUCUCCAGACUUUUUCAUCAUCUUGAAUAACUACUCACGACAACGCUGACUUCGGGAUAGCUUUUAAUAGCAGUUAUAGAUCUCACGACUUAUUGAGCACCUCGAGACGCGCAGUACGAUCGCAAGCAUGGAGAUGAUCUCCGCGCACGCGGAACUGUCCCAGGUGGAGAGUAACGGAGAGGAUCAACCUGAGCCUCUGCCUGUGGACUAUCCGGGAGGAGAGAUGCCGGCCUCUCUCGGCGUGCGAAGAGGAUCCAGCGUGAAGAAACAUCACCACAAACACAACCUGAAACACCGCUACGAGCUGCUGGAGACUCUCGGGAGAGGAACGUACGGGAAGGUGAAGAAGGCGAUAGAGAGGCACACUGGACGUGUGGUGGCAAUCAAAUCCAUCCGUAAGGAGAAGAUAAAAGACGAGCAGGACAUGGUGCACAUCCGCAGAGAGAUCGAGAUUAUGUCUUCUCUUCGUCAUCCACAUAUCAUCUCCAUACAUGAAGUGUUUGAGAACAAGGACAAGAUUGUGAUUGUGAUGGAGUAUGCGAGCAAGGGAGAGCUGUACGAUUACAUAAGCGAGCGUCGCAAGCUCGGCGAGAGAGAAACGCGACACUUCUUCAGACAGAUCGUGUCUGCUGUGCAUUACUGCCAUAAGAAAGGAGUUGUACAUCGAGAUCUAAAGCUGGAAAACAUUCUCCUGGAUGACAACGGAAACAUCAAGAUUGCAGAUUUCGGUUUGUCUAACCUCUACCACAAGGACAAGCUUCUUCAAACGUUCUGCGGCAGCCCACUGUACGCCUCUCCAGAGAUUGUAAAUGGAAGGCCAUAUCGAGGUCCUGAGGUUGACAGUUGGGCGCUGGGCGUAUUGCUGUACACACUUGUAUAUGGAACAAUGCCCUUUGAUGGAGGAGAUCACCAAAGACUCAUUCGUCAGAUCAGCAGCGGCGAUUAUAGGGAACCUCCUCAGUCAUCCGAUGCUCGUGGUCUGAUUCGCUGGAUGUUGAUGGUUAAUCCAGAACGGCGGGCUACUGUAGAAGACAUCGCAAAUCACUGGUGGGUGAACUGGGGAUGGAAGUCCACCGUGUGUGACUGCCAAACCCAAAAGGAAAACAGCUCACCGAUGUUGGCCCGCUUCAUCGACUGGCAGAACCGCACUGACGUCCGACCAGGCAAGAGCCAGCGUCCCGAGUCUGGUAACACCUCUAAUAUUACAAAUACGGGCUUGACUCCAGCACGGCGUUUAAGAAAGUGCAUGAAGGAGAACGACGUUGGCCUGUGGGGCGUUGCGGAGGAGAAAUCGGGUCUCAAGAGACCAAAAAGCAUCCUGAAGACUAGAGCGACCAGUGGAGACCAGCGUUCCCAGAGUUUGUGCGAGGUGGAGCUCAGGAGAUCCAUUUGUUACCAAGACGCCGAGUCCGGUUCAAGUCCGGACCGAGAAGACACCCUGGGUGGCUCGCCGGCAAAAAUUGUCUCCAUGUUACCCAAAAAAGGCAUUCUGAAAAACAAUCAGCAGCGAGAGUCGGGGUACUAUUCCUCACCGGAACGCAGUGAGUCUUCUGAACUCUUAGAGAGCACAACUGUGCAACCUCCGACCAGCUCGCCACCAAAACGAACUGUAGGGAGGAAAGGUAUACUAAAGCGGAAUGGGAAAUAUUCUGCUCACAAUGCCGUCCCUAGCAAUGGUGAAGUGCCGGUAGACUCAAAUCUACCGCGGAGCCAAAGCAGACCCUCCAGCAUAGCGUAUGAAGAGAAGGGUCUCUCCAGUAUGGGAUUGGACUGGCCGCCCGCAUCUCCGAAACCCAACAUCCGAGGCUCGCUGUCGGCUGAAAACUUACUGCAGAUGGCUGGGUUUAGGGGUCUUCAGACCGCUGUGCCACAUCACGGCGGAAAGGGCGCUCGCAGCCCUCCCGGUUCACCCGGAGACAACGGCAGCUUCUCCUUGCUGGGCGAUAUGGAUGAUGUCACCCAGGUGUACCAGAAAGCCCUGGAUAUCAGCAGCAACCUGAGCUAGACUUGGUCAGAGAGACUGAAUCAAAGAACAGACAAUCAUUUCAUUUUUAAACCAUACAAAGAAAUUGUUUUUGGAGAAAGACUGGAAGUGUGAAUGAUCUCAGCACGGUCUCCCAUCACUGUCGCAGUGCUGCUGGGCAAUGUUUACAGAUCGACAGGCGGGACAUUUCAAAUCUCUAUUCAGCAACUCGUGUUGAUGAGCAGUUCUCAUGAUAUUCUCGUUUGAACUCGACAACUGAUGGGGAAAAAAGGAAGCACUUUAAAGCGGCUGUUCUCCGCGAUGUAGCUGAUGUAAAUGACAACCGGGAACGUGUUAUUUAAGUUAUUUAUUGGUCAUUCAUGUUUUGAAAGUUCGAAAAUAUCAAGGUCAUUCUUGGGAGAGCCGUUUUCCACUGUAAAGGUCAUGCAUUAUGAAAAAGUCAGAUAGUGGCCAUUACACCGUCCGUCUAGUAAACAGACAUUUUUAACAACCGCCUAUCUAUAAUUUUAAAGAAACAGUUCACCUCAAAAUGAUAAUAAAAUGCUUUUGGGGGCGAAUUAUUCUUUUAAGAUUGAAAAAGAAUUUUGAAGAGCAGUAUUUGAGUUCAAUAUACAAAGCCUUUUCUAUUGUUUUCUUUUGUAAAGUAUUUUGAAGAACAACAAGAUGUCCUAAAGCAAACCAAAAAACACAGAAGGUAACUAGAGCACUACCCAGGACAUUAAAGGUCAAAGGGCAAAGGUUGAACCAAUGUUGUGACACCGUUCAUUUUUCUCUCUCACAAGCAUGCACGCACACACACACACACACACACACACACAACGCUGCACGCUCACAUGCAAUUGUGUGAGCUCUCCGAAGCAUGAAAGUGUGGAAGGACAAGCUUUAACCUACGGUGUUAUUCUGCUCCAGAAAUGACCCACAGAGACGCCAACUAUUCUUUUUAAUAGGCGGGGUAUUAAAAGUCACAUGUUCUGAAAGCAUUGGAUUAUGAAGAAAGGUUUAUUUUAGGGGAAUCAAAAGGUCAUGUUCAACUGAAAACACUUUUCCAUAUUUUUCUGUUCGUUUCAUUUCUGCUAAUUGCUAACAGAGACGUCUGCUUCAUUUUAAAACAUUGGGUUAAGCGUUAAACUAUAAUAGUCGUCUAAAUGUAAAUAUGUGCUUAAUAUUAAAAUCUGCGAUAAGAUGUACAUUAUUUGUACAAACUUAGCAUCAACGUGGCAGUCCAGCACGGUGUAACCAAUAAAACACGCAGUGUAAAAAAUGAACUGGAAAUGUUUGUCUCAUAGGAUUUCUGUUAUAGGCCAAUGAAAAAACUUGACUGGAUAUUUAAAUUGUGUUAUUUAAUGUGUCUUGUAAUAUAUACUGUACAUUGUCCUGGCUAUUUGUUAUUCUUGCUAUAUAAUUUUUUAAUGUCUUGCGUUGUGCCUCUAUUAACGUGUCUCAGUGAGGUUAUUCUCAGCUUAAAGAUUUACAGUGUUGUGUUAGACAUUUAAAUGAGUCUAAUUUAGGCACUAGCAUUGUUUUUUCUGCAUUAUUUGACAUGAGCACAGUGAGGUGGUGUAUGAAGCCCUCUGUUGUCUGAACUCAGUGCAAAACUCAAUGACUUCUAAAUAAAUGUCUCGAUC